AUGGCUCCGUCGGCGACGAAUACGAAAUGGGAUCACCAAUAUAACACUCUGCGACGGCAAGACCUCUUCCAGAACCCGCCAAAGGACCACUCUGCGUAUCCCGCUCUUCAGUCGGCCGUGAAUCCACACAUAGAGUCCUUCAAUCGCAUUUUCGGGGACGAUGGCAAGAAAGGCCUUCUUGACCGCGGAUUGACGGAUAUUGGCACCAAGACGUUCCUCGAUGGCGAUGAAAGAUCCGGCCCGGAGGGAAAGAAUCGCCUUCAUAUCCGAAUCAAGGGUGUGAGCCUACAAAAGCCCCAGAUUCCCCCGUCCAACAAGAUGGCGCGAAACCGAGAGAUUCUGCCCGCCGAGUGCAGAGAGCGGCAUGUCUCGUAUAGGGGAAGGCUCUCGGCCACAUUUGAGUAUUCGAUCAACGGCGGAGACGCCGUUGAGUUUGUACGAGAACUAGGGCAGGUGCCCAUCAUGAUCAAGUCAAAUCGAUGCCACCUGGAAAACAACCCUCCUGCCCGAUUAGUUCAGCGAAAGGAGGAAUCCGAAGAACUUGGAGGGUAUUUCAUCGUCAACGGCAUCGAAAAGAUUAUCAGACUACUACAAGUGAACAAGCGAAACUUUCCAAUGGCUACCAACCGACCUAGUUUUCAGAACCGAGGCGCAGGAUAUACGUCGUACGGUAUUAUUCUCCGAUCCGUCCGACCCGACGAGACUUCCCAGACCAAUGUCCUUCACUACCUCAAUGACGGCAACAUUACGUUUCGCUUCUCAUGGCGCAAGAACGAGUACUUGGUUCCCGUCAUCAUGAUCCUCAAAGCAUUGGUGGAGACCAACGAUCGAGAAAUUUUCGAGGGGCUGAUCGGACCCAUGGGAUCGAAAGCAACCGAGAACACUUUCUUGACAGACCGAGUCGAAUUGCUGCUGCGAACGUACAAGGGCUAUGCGCUCUACAGCAUGUCGCAGACAAGAGCGUAUCUUGGGGGAAAGUUUCGGGUCGUGCUUGGCGUACCAGAAACAAUGUCCGACUAUGAAGUUGGUACAGAGUUUCUGAGAAGGAUUGUUCUGGUCCAUCUGGGCAACGUGAACGUGACAGGGGAGCAGGACAUUGACAAGUUCCGAAUGCUGUUGUUCAUGAUCCGCAAACUGUAUGCCCUGGCGGCUGGCGAGUGCGCCGUCGACAACCCCGAUGCGCUUCAAAACCAGGAGAUCCUGCUGGGUGGAUUUCUGUACAGCCAGAUCCUGAAGGAGCGCCUUGACGAGUUCUUGAGCGUCGGCGUUCGCACAUCUCUGCGCGAUUUCCUCCGACGACACCCCGAAGUUUCCUUCACGUCCGAGGAUUUCAGAAAGGAGUUCCCAACCACGAUUUUCAGAAAGGCAAAUGAAAACCUGGGCAAUGCGCUCGAGUACUUCUUGUCUACUGGAAACUUGCAAAGUCCAUCGGGGCUGGACCUGCAGCAAACAGCCGGUUUUACCGUUGUGGCGGAAAAGCUCAACUUUCUCCGAUUCAUCAGUCAUUUCCGCAUGGUUCAUCGUGGUGCCUUCUUUGCCCAGCUGAAGACAACUGCCGUGCGAAAGCUGCUUCCCGAGUCGUGGGGUUUCAUGUGUCCUGUCCACACGCCUGAUGGUUCGCCUUGCGGUUUGCUGAACCAUUUGGCUCACAGGUGCAAAAUCGUGACGGACCAUGUUGACGUGUCCAAGAUCACUGCGCUUGCCAAAGAACUCGGUGUCGUUGAUUCAUCGUCCGCCCUCACAAGCGAGAACGUGGUCGUCAUGAUGGAUGGCAAGAUUCUCGGCUGGUGCACGCCGAAGGAGUCUCUUAGGAUAGCGGACUGCCUGCGGUACUGGAAAGUCGAGGGCACGCACGGCGUGCCCCUGCAAUUGGAGAUUGGAUAUGUCCCUGCGUCCAACGGGGGUUCAUAUCCCGGUGUCUACAUCACCUCAACCCCGGCACGAAUGAUACGGCCCGUGAAGUAUCUCCCUCUUCAAAAGGAAGACUUUGUCGGGCCCUAUGAGCAGCCGUACAUGUCCAUCGCCGUGGUGCCGCAAGAAAUCGAGUCAGGCGUGUCCACUCACGUCGAGUUCGACCCUACAAACAUGCUGUCCAUCUUGGCCAACAUGACGCCCUUUUCUGAUUUCAACCAGUCUCCCCGAAAUAUGUACCAAUGUCAGAUGGGUAAGCAGACGAUGGGCACCCCGGGCACCGCACUCCGAUACCGAACAGACAACAAGUCAUACAGAAUCCAGACGGGACAGACGCCCAUUGUGCGGGCGCCCCUGCACAACGAAUAUGGCUUUGACAACUUCCCCAACGGUAUGAAUGCCGUUGUCGCCGUCAUCUCAUACACUGGCUACGACAUGGACGACGCCAUGAUCCUGAACAAGUCUGCCCACGAGAGAGGGUUCGGACACGGUACCAUCUACAAGACCAAGAAGAUCACGCUCAAGGACGAUUCGAGAACCCGCGCGGCAAAGAGCGUCACAAAGGCCUUUGGAUUCGCACCUCACAGCUACGUCAGCGCCUCGUACCAAGGCAUGCUGGACGACGACGGCCUCCCCCACGUCGGACGUCUCGUCCAGGAAGGCGACGUGAUUUGUGCAUGGCACACCGUCACUCCCGACUACAACGGCAAUCUUGUGAACCUGGACGGCGUGACGCACUACGAAAAGUACAAGGACAGCGAAACGGGCUUCGUCGAAGAAGUUCGCCUCAUCGGUGCAGAGACGGGCAACGAACCCCUGCAAACGGUGUCCAUCAAGUUCCGAGUCCCACGAUCCCCCAUCAUCGGAGACAAGUUCUCCUCCCGCCACGGCCAAAAGGGUGUUGCCUCUCAAAAAUGGCCCGCCAUUGACAUGCCCUUUUCUGAAUCCGGCAUCCAGCCUGAUGUCAUCAUCAAUCCGCACGCCUUUCCGUCCCGAAUGACCAUUGGCAUGUUUGUCGAGUCGCUGGCCGGCAAAGCCGGUGCGCUGCACGGCCUGGCCCAGGACUCGACGCCGUUCAAGUUCGACGAGGAGAACACGGCGGUCGAUUACUUUGGCCACCAGCUCAUGAAGGCCGGAUACAGCUACCAUGGCAACGAACCCAUGUACUCGGGCAUCACGGGCGAGGAGCUCGGCGCCGACAUCUACAUCGGCGUCGUCUACUACCAGCGGCUGCGUCACAUGGUAAACGACAAGUUCCAGGUACGAACCACCGGACCCGUCGUCCCUACGACUGGCCAGCCCAUCAAGGGCAGGAAGCGCGGCGGCGGUAUCCGUGUGGGCGAAAUGGAACGCGACGCCCUGCUUGCGCACGGCGCGGCCUUUUUGGUGCAGGACAGACUGCUCAACUGCUCCGACUACACCAAGUCGUGGAUCUGCCGCCGCUGCGGCUCCUUCUUGUCGGUCCAGCCCACCGUUUCCCAGUUUGCGCCGGGCAGGAAGAAGGCACCGACCAUGGUGCGCUGUCGCAAUUGCGCCACCAAGCUGGAUGAGACGAACGGCGUCGACCUCACAGAGAUUCAGGGCGAGAUCUGGGAGGACGGUCAGGGCAAUUGCUGGGUCGGGGGCGACCACACCACGCAGGUCGUUGUUCCGGGAGCGUUGAGGUACCUGGACGUCGAGCUGGCAGCCAUGGGUGUCAAGCUAAAGUACAGGAUCAGCAAGGGAGAUGAACCAAGAAAGGGGCCACUGCGGCCGAUGGGAAUGCCCAAGGCCGUCAAGGCGCAAUAG